AUGGACUCCAUGAGCAAACUCCAGCUCAAAUAUGCUUCUCCUGUAAUCCGUGUUUAUGAGGAUGGCCAUGUCGAACGUCUCAAGGGCACUGACAGGGAGCCACCAGACAUCAUCAUUGAAACAAUCUCCGGAGUCUCUGUACGUCUCUAUCUCCCUGAAGAAAUAACAUCACAACCUACCAAGAAACUUCCCAUACUUAUCUACUAUCAUGGCGGCGGCUUCUGCACCAAAAGCGUCUCUUCUCCGACUUACCACAAUUAUCUCAACUCUCUUGCUUUCCAUGCAAAAGUUCUUGGAGUGUCAGUGGAGUAUAGACUUGCACCAGAGUUUCCUCUCCCUACUGCUUUCAAUGAUUCAUGGACAGCUCUUCAAUGGGUGUUAUCUCAUGUUAACGGUGGCGACGAGCAAUGA